AUGGCGACGCAAGGCUCUUACACACAAUAUGCAUCGAGUCAAUCCCAGCAUGCUACGCCAUUGAGUGCUCUACCAGCCCCGUCCCCUGCUCCCACACCCCCACCAUCGAACUCGCAACGGUCCGGAUACCCAGCCGUCUUUGCUCAGCAUGGCGUUCCCUCGGGCGCCCGCGAUCUGGGCCCACAAUCCUCAUCUUAUCGUCCCCCUUCGCCCGCUUCUCGCCCUAGUAAUGCUGCAUUUGGUACUCGUACAGAGCCAGUGACUACCACGCAGUCCUCCAACAGUCCGUUUGCUUUGGGCCCUCGCCAAAUGGUACAGCAGCACUCCUUCGCCUCAACUGCCUCCCCUACACCUGGAAACACUCCACAGCACAGCCAGAGCUACCAGCAGCACGUGCAGACACUUGUCAAUGGGGCUCAUCAACCUCAUCGAUCGACGCCGGUGUCAAUGGCUGGCGGCCCGUCACAGUAUGGCCACGCUCCGCUCACACCGCAAGUCUCGGGUCGGGCAAUGCCGUCUCUCGCUAGUCUUGGUCGAUCAUACACCCCCCAUCGGCUAUGCACCCCGGUGGUAUGGGGUACGGUCCACCGCCGCCACCGCCAGGUCCAGGGAGUAUUCAGUCGAUGCAUCAUAGAACAUCUGGCCCGGGAGAGCAUGUCUCCCACACGAGCGGCCAUCACCGCGUCUACAGUCAAGGGUCCUCACAAGGGGGGCUGCCAAGCUCAAUGCGCCCUGGGUCGCAGCCACCACGCUAGUCCUGACAUUCACGAUUGUAACCAUAUGGCCUGCCCUUUUGAGAUCGAUUUGAUGAUUCCGCUGUACAUACGUAGACGAAAACGGGCUUUUUCGGUAUGUUUGCUUAUCAUUUGUGCCUCUGAAAUCACAAGCCCUCUUGUGUUUGAUUCCCUUUGUAUUAUUAAAUGA